CGACGACUUCCUGAGGCUAAAAAGGUAGGUAUUUUUGGAAGUAUCUGACGUCGAUCUAGCCGUCAUGUAGGUAUGGAGGAGAACCCACAGGGUUCAAGUAUAAUAUAAAUAUGACGGGCAUCCCGCCCCCUACAUAGCUAUCUCAUCAACAACCAAAGCACACUAUAACAACUACUACACAAUCAAACCACUCACAACGUCAACCAUCAAACCAACGACCUCAAACAUCAACCAUCAUCAUGCAAUUUCUCGCAGCCUCCGCUUCGCUCUUCGCCGCCCUGGCCAUAGCUGCACCCACUCGCUCCACCGCCCGAGACUCAACCAGCUACGAGAACAUUGACAUCGCCGACUUGUACGUGCGCAAGAAUAACGGCAUCCAGGCCGUCGGUUUCAAGCUCUCCGGCAACGACGGCUCAGCCAUCGACUGCUCUGCCAGCACUCCAGGCUUCCCCUCGGACGUCAUCACAUGCGGCGAAACCAAAUACCGCUUUGCACUCUACCCUGGCCAGACCACCGAGUUUGGACUCCGCAUCUACCACGAGCUCGGCACGGCAUUUGGUUACUACGGCGAGGGUGAUGUGCCAACCUACUGCCACGCUGGCGGUAAUGGACCAAACGAUUACGUAUGCGACCAGACCAGCGCUACUACCAUUGUCAUUGAUGCGGAGUAAUUUGAUGCGGGGUUUUGAGUUUUGCAUAGCGCAUUGCGUUGCAUAGAAUGUGUAUCAUAUGGCAUAGUCGAUCCUUAGCGCGAACAUUCCUUUACAUCAUUGUAGAUUAUAAUGUAUGAACGAGCUGAAAUGUACAUCAGUGAAACAUCUUUCUUGUGCCCACGAGAGAUCAUCAUGUGAUUGAUUCGUUGAACAAAUCACUAAUGCACACAUAUUGGACAAUCAAAGGAAUUCAUUAAGGCCUGUUGGCGUCGCAAACUUGUCCAUUGCACAAUAUACAGAAUCGGCUUUGCAGUCGCACGGUGUUGUCAUUUAUACCAGAUCGCUCAUUGU